UGCCUGAAGGGGGGAAUGGCACUGCCUGCGUGUGCAGCCCCAGUGCUCUGGCCGCCACUGCAACCAGAGCGAGAAGCGCCCGCCCGCACCACCUGUCCCCGCCGGCAUUCCAGAGUAGAGGCUGAAUUGGCAGAGAGCCGGCCCGGAUCAGUCGCCGCCUCAGUCAGCGCGGACCCUCCUAGGGGUGUGUCUCGCGGAUUCAACUCCCAGCCGCUGACGGACGAGCCCCUAAAGGCGUCUUCCUCCCAGGCGGGAGCCGCGCGUGCCCCACUCUUCGCGCUGUUGCCCCGAGGCCGCCGCAGGCGGAUGCACGACCUCCGGAGACGCUGGGACCUGGGCUCCCUCUGCCGGGCCCUGCUCACUCGGGGCCUGGCAGCGCUGGGCCACUCUCUGAAGCACGUGCUCGGUGCGAUCUUCUCCAAGAUUUUCGGCCCCCUCGCCAGCGUCGGGAAUAUGGAUGAGAAAUCCAACAAGCUGCUGCUGGCUUUGGUGAUGCUCUUCCUAUUUGCCGUGAUCGUCCUCCAAUACGUGUGCCCCGGCACAGAAUGCCAGCUCCUCCGCCUGCAGGCUUUCAGCUCCCCGAUGCCGGACCCGUACCGCUCAGAGGAUGAGAGUUCCGCCAGGUUCGUGCCCCGUUACAAUUUCAGCCGCAGCGAUCUCCUGCGCAAGGUAGACUUCGACAUCAAGGGCGAUGACCUGAUCGUGUUCCUGCACAUCCAGAAGACCGGAGGUACCACUUUUGGCCGCCACCUUGUGCGCAACAUCCAGCUGGAGCAGCCUUGCGAAUGCCGCGUGGGUCAGAAGAAAUGCACUUGCCACCGGCCGGGUAAGCGGGAGACCUGGCUCUUCUCCAGGUUCUCCACGGGCUGGAGCUGUGGGUUGCACGCCGACUGGACCGAGCUUACUAGCUGCGUGCCCGCCGUGGUGGAUGGCAAGCGCGACGCCAAGCUGAGACCGUCCAGGUGGAGGAUUUUUCAGAUUCUAGAUGCAAUGAGUAAGGAUAGACGGGGUUCUCCAAACACUAAUCCAGAUGCCAACUCUCCAUCAUCUAAAAAGGCGCGGAACACAUCUAAGAGUGGGAAGAACUUCCACUAUAUCACCAUCCUCCGAGACCCAGUGUCCCGGUACUUGAGUGAGUGGAGGCAUGUCCAGAGAGGGGCGACAUGGAAAGCAUCACUGCAUGUCUGCGAUGGAAGGCCCCCAACCUCUGAAGAGCUGCCCAGCUGCUACACUGGUGAUGACUGGUCCGGCUGCCCGUUGAAAGAGUUCAUGGACUGUCCCUAUAAUCUGGCCAACAACCGCCAGGUGCGCAUGCUCUCUGACCUGACCCUCGUAGGCUGCUACAACCUCUCUGUCAUGCCCGAAAAGCAAAGAAACAAGGUCCUCCUAGAAAGUGCCAAAUCGAAUCUGAAGCACAUGGCAUUCUUCGGCCUCACUGAGUUUCAGCGGAAGACCCAAUAUCUGUUUGAAAAAACCUUCAACAUGAACUUCAUUUCGCCGUUUACCCAAUAUAAUACCACUAGGGCCUCUAGUGUAGAAAUCAAUGAGGAAAUCCAAAAGCGGAUUGAGGGACUGAAUUUUCUGGAUAUGGAAUUGUACAGCUAUGCGAAAGAUCUCUUUCUGCAAAGGUAUCAGUUUAUGAGGCAGAAGGAUCAUCAGGAUGCUAGGCGGAAGCGUCAGGAACAGCGCAAAUUCCUGAAGGGAAGGUUCCUUCAGACCCAUUUCCAGAGCCAGGGUCAGGUCCAGAGCCAGAAUCCGAGUCAGAAUCAGAGUCAGAACCCAAAUGUGAAUGCAAAUCAGAAUGUGACUCAGAAUCUGAUUCAGAAUCUGCUUCAGAAUCUGACUCAGAGUUCAAGUCAGAAUUCAAUCCAGAAAGAAAACCGGGAAAACCCGAAGCAGAACCCAGGCCAAGAGCAGAGCGAUAGCAACACCAGCAAUGGCACCAAUGACUACAUAGGCAGUGUAGAGAAAUGGCGUUAAAUGGCUCCCAAAGGCUUUUGCACACUCUUCCCAAAGCGCCAGUAAAAAUAUGGCAAAUCUGAAAAGAUGAGAGUGUCCAAACACAUCUUGCUUCCUUAAAUUUGGAAGCUAAAAAAAGUUAAGAUGUUGCCUUUACAGUUGCCUUUCAAUUAUAUGUUAUACUGUGCGUGGGUAAAACAAAUUUCAAUAUGUAAUUAAAUUGUCCCCCCCCAUUUUUUUUUUGGUUUGUUGGACUAUUUAUACAAUCCAAAGCCAAACCAGACUCACCAGAAAUUGCUCUUUAGAUAUUGUAAGAAAUUCUUAAAUUCGUUAUAAAGACAAAAUGAAAACAAAAUGUGGCCACUUAACUUAUCACUAAAAAAAAAGGAAUUUAAAUUAUUGAUGAUACACUGUUAAAACUCAGUUUUAGAAGCAUUUUUUUUCAGGGGUUAGCAUGAAUAUAAACAUAAAAAGCCUAAAAUUAAACACACAACCUUUUGUUUUCUACAUUUUACCAAAAUGUACAAAAUGAAAAAUUUCUCUCCCAAACAUGGUUAGUUUUAUGAAAAGUAUUGGCUUUUCAAGUAGAACAGGAUCAUAUCUUGUUAAGAGAUGUUUAAAAUUUUAAACUUUUUCUACCUUCUACUCUCAAAGGUUUUAAACAGGGUGUAUCUCAUAUUAACAGAACACUUUUUUUUUUUCCUAAAUGGAAUACCAAUGUAAAGAUCUAGUUUCCAGAUACUUUCUGGGCACUGUAAUGUCAACAAUUCUGGAAUCUUUUGGCGCUGCUUCUCAUUCAUUUUAAGGCUUCUGAGUUGUGCUCAUGCCAAACUAACCCAUUUAUAGAAUCUUUCUUCGUCAUAUAAAUGGUGUGUUGCUGAAUUUAUUGUGAUGUAUAAUCCUGGAUAAAAGUCAGGAUUUUCUAUAGAAUUGUCUUAUCAAUAUUUGUGUAGUGAAGUCCUUAUCAAGAAACUCUUGAACAGGAUAAUGUGUCUAAUAAUAUUGCUGAAGUUAUUCUUGAUCAAAUAGAAUUGAACCUGAAUGUGAAUGAAUUGUUAUUUACUUUUGUACAUUUUUAUUGUAAUGUUUCCAGUUGGGCUGGCUAUUUCUAGCCCAUUAUUUCUUUUUCGUGUUGACAGAUUGUAGACAAUUACACAAGAAAAACAAUGGUAGACUAAGCAUUAGGAUAGCCAGUUAUUCAAUAACACCAAAACCGUACCUUGAUUCUUUGAGGUUAACCCUAUACCAGGUUUUGUUUUAAGAAAGAACCAAAGGAGACAGUGUUCUGCCAUGAGGUUAAGUAUCAGCAUAUAAGUUGAGGAAAGUUAGUCUAUCAGUAAAUACUUUAGGGUAUUGAUUAUGAAUUGAGCAGGGCAAAAAAGAAAGUACAUAACCCACUGUUCUACGAAGCAUUUUACAGAUUUUGCUGUACUUUUUAAAGAACUUACACUAACCCCCUUGCUGCCAAUCAAAUAAGGCAACUGGAAGUGGCAUUUGUUUUCAGAAGAGCCAUGCUUAGAAGUGUGACCAUAAGACACAUCUUGUACAAUCUGCUCAUUUGCAUGAUCUAGUUUCAUCUGUAAUAAUAUGGCCACAAGCUGGACAAGAAGCUGAGUAUUUGAAUUGAAAAUAAAUUUUCUUGACUCUGAGCUUGUGUCAAAAUUCCUAAAUUUUGCUUUGUCUGACAGUAUUGCAGUUCUGGGAAUUCUGGGAACUGAAAAACAGAAAGGAAUUAAAAAAAUAAAUAAAACAUACCUUCAAGUCAAAGUAUUUUAGAGUGAAACUAUUUUGUGUACAUUGUGUUUUUAAAAUAAAGACUCUGUAGAUCACUGUGGUAUUUCAAAUUUGUUUCAUUUUAAUUGAUAAUGUUUGCUCUUAAAACUGAUAGUUACUGUUAGAAAGCAAGAUGAAGCCCGAGCCAGUGGAAAAGCUUGUUUCAGAAAAUCAUUUUGUGUUGUUGCUGUGAUGUGCAUGGUUUGCAGAGAUUAAGUGCAUUUUUUUUCUGUCUGUACUGAUUAUUGUAUAUAGGGGAUGUUAUAAAUAUACUUUUUUGUCAGCAUCAUGAUUUCAACUGUAAACAUCUGUCCAAAUGGUGUAGCUUUACAAACCAUUCACUGAUUUUGUGUAAUUUAACAAUAGAUAUGAAAUAAAGUUUAAAUUGCAGGCUC